AUGACGGCCUUUCCGAACAAAAUAGCUGAAGAAUUCAGACAAUACUACCAAUUGCUCUACAAUCUACAUGAGCGGGACAGACAGGAUGAAAUGGACACCGAAUAUACCAGAGGCAGAGGAACUGGACACCAUGAUUACCGCGGAAGACCUUCAGGCGACCCUGAAAUCGACUAA